CCUAGUUCCACCCCUACCGCCAUCCCUCUCUAUCUGCCAUUCUAUCACCCAUGGGCCAAAUCAGCAGUGUGGUACGACAAAGCUUGAAGCGGAAGAAGCCAGAAUCCGAUGACCAAAACGAGGCUCGCAAGGUUCUCGUCGUCGAAGGCACAAACGAACAUGUCCAACACCCAACCACAAAAAGAAGCACCUCGUCUUCCAUUGCUGCUCCAACCUUUCCAUCAUCCUUUGAAUCUUGUUGGGAUCACGAUGUCUUCCUAAGUUUCAAAGGUGAAGACACUUGUAAAAAUUUUACUGAUCACCUCUAUUCCACCUUGGUGAGUGCUAGAAUUCAUACCUUCCGAGAUGACGAGGAGCUUCGACAAGGGGAGAACAUAUCUACCAAACUACUCAAUGCGAUUCGUGGAUCGAGAAUUUUCAUUAUGGUUUUCUCCAAAAGCUAUGCUUCUUCUCGGUAGUGCCUUGAUGAACUUGUGGAGAUUGUGCACGGUAAGAAUACCAUAGACCACACUCUUUUCCCAUAUUUUAUCACAUCGACCCUUCAGAUGUUCGAAAACAAAUCGGAACUUUUGCGGAAGCAUUUGCUAGGCAUGAAGAUCGAGCUAUUUCAAAGAGAGAGGGCGCAAAGCUGAAGAACAACUCUUACUGAAGCUGCAAAUUGUUUCGGUUGUGAUCUUGAAAGAGUUGCA